UGGGCCUCCAUGAUUGUCAACAGAAACCGGGAUCGACAGUCUGUGGUCCUGAAAGGGGUGGACCCGGAGACCUGUAUGAUUGUGUUCAAGAACCACUGGGCUCAGGUUGUGAAGAUUUUGGAGAAGCAUGACCCUCUGCGCAGUAGCUCCAGCCUGCCCUCACUGGGUGUCAUCAGCCUCAGCACCAGCUCUGGUGGCGGUCUCCGUUUUAGCCCUAUCCCUGGCGACGAGGCCAAUGCCGUGCAGAACUACGUGGAACACAUGCUCUUCCUGCUAAUAGAGGAGGAGAGUGGCCAGGCAGGGGCCAUGGGCCCCAUCCUGGAGUUUGUGGUGAUGGAGAACGUGAUGGAGCGCCUUUUUGUCUGGAGCCUCCGACGAGAGUUCACGGAUAACAUGAAGCUGGAGCAGCUGAAGAUGUACGAGAUGCUGGUGGGCCAAGCACGCCAGCCGCUGCUGCACCACAAGCCCAUCCUGCGACCGCUCAUGAUGCUGCUGUCUUCCUGCUCUGGCACAGCAGCGCCUGAUGUAGAGACCGAGCUGGUGCUUUUGCUUAACCAGCUGUGCUGCAUCUUGGCCAAAGACCCCUCGGUGCUAGAGCUCUUCUUCCAUACCAGCGAGGACCAGGGAGCGGCCAACUUCCUGAUCUUCUCCCUGCUCAUUCCUUUCAUCCACAGGGAAGGCACCGUCGGCCAGCAGGCCAGAGACGCCUUGCUGCUCAUCAUGUCAUUGUCUGCUGAGAACGAACGUGUGGCCAAACACAUUGCAGAGAACACAUACUUCUGUCCGGUGCUAGCCACAGGGCUGAGUGGCUUAUACUCAUCUCUGCCCACUAAACUGGAGGUGCCGAACGAAGAGUGGCAUUGUCUCCACAGGGACGACUGGCAAAAGAUGCCCGCCCUCGUCCAGUUCCUCAACUCGCUGGAAUUCUGCAAUGCUGUCAUACAGGUGGCCCACCCCAGUAUCAGAGACCAGCUGGUUAGUUACAUCUACAAUGGAUUCUUAGUGCCUGUCCUAGCACCAGCUCUUCAUAAGCUGACCUUAGAAGAGGUGAUGACCACCACAGCCUACCUUGACCUGUUCCUGAGGAGCAUUUCUGAGCCAGCCCUGCUGCAGACAUUUCUCUCCUUCAUUCUCCUCCACCGACAUGAGAACGUUCAACUCCUGGAUACACUGGUCAGCCGUAUCAACACCCCCUUCCAGCUGGGCAUCGUUUCACUGGCACUGUUCCGCACUCUCAUCGGCUUAUACUGUGAGGAUGUGAUGCUGCAGCUCAUACUGAGGUACCUGAUCCCUUGUAAUCACAUGAUGUUGAGUCAGAGACGUGUGGUAAGGGAGAGGGACUGCUACUCGGUGUCAGCAGCGAAGAUCCUCUCUCUAACACCAUCGUGCUGCUCACCAGAAAACAGCCCCCCACCGCUCCGACAGCUCCACUCAAUCCAUUGGUCCAAGGGCACAGAGAGUCCCGGCAACGCCGGCACCACGGAGAAAAAGGAGAACUUCUUGGACGAGGACAGCUCGGGCAACUCGUGUGUCAUCGGGUCAGAGCUGUAUCUGGACGUCAGCUAUCUCCAUUACCUCUAUGACGCCCGCCUUGGCAUCACCAGCUGUAUACGGGCCUGCGGAGUUUGGUCAGCCCCAUACGAUGGUCAGGAUCCCCCACCCGAGGAUUACCAACCUGGUGUUCUGGAGGAGGCCGGCCUUAGAAAGUGGCAAGCGCAGACAGUGCCCCGGAAAAUUUCAUUCGCCCGGGCCUGCCCACCUCAAAACAGUGAGCCACCUGCUGUUCACCAGCCAGAGCUGGAGUGGGAUGAUAGUUACGAUGCUUGCCCGGUGCAGAAUGCUGAGACUGUUGUUGAGAGUAAACUCCCACAGAUGUCCCCUGCUGAGCCUCCCAGGCACAUCCAGGAAAUGAGGAGAUCAGCCACCAUGCUGGUUAAGGGCUCCUACAUUGAGGAAUCUGACUUCCAGGAUGAUGUCAUGGUUUACAACCUUGUUGCCAAGAAAGACAUCAGAGAUGGCGAGGGUGUAAAGCACAAACCCAAAGGGACCCAACUGGAAGAAACUCUUUCGGACUUACCAGAGAAAGGGGCUGUCGUUAGAAAUGGACUAAGCCUUACCCUUCCAACCUCCAGUAGUGAUACUAACAGCACUAAAAGCUCAGACACCAAAUCCAAAGAUGAAAUUGAAUGUAAUUUCAACAUUCAAAACCCCUGUGCUGCUGAGGCUGGAGAUGAUCUUUUGGCUCAGUAUGAGGAACUGAUUCAUACCUUGAACACUGAGGCAAGUGGAAGUCCAGUCACAGUUGACGGGGAGUUCCACAACCAGAUCAAACCCACUGGCGAGGAAGAGGAGGAGGAGGAGGAGAUGGAUUUUAGCGCUUUCUCUGCAGAUACACCAGAACCCGAGAAACUGCCUUCGCCGUUCGGCACCAGUAGAGGUAGAUGUGGGAUUAAAAGCCAUUCAGUACCUUUUACAGGUCCAUUCAUCAGCGUGCUGUUGUCCCGUCUGGAGAACAUGCUGAAAAACUCAGUCCACGUCAACUUGCUGUUGACUGGCAUCCUGGCCCAGUUGGCAGCCUACCCACAGCCUUUGCUCCGCUCGUUCCUUCUCAACACCACCAUGGUCUUCCAGCCAAGUGUCCGCUCUCUUUACCAGGUCCUAGCCUCCCUGAAAAAUGAGAUCGACGAUCUAGCUGUGACCAGGAGAGAUUUUCCUGAGAUGAUCACAGCCGCCCAGCACUGGCUCCUCGCCAGAGAGGCCUCAUUUGGAGCAGAAGACAAACAUGGCAGCGAUCCCAGAGCGUCCAUCAGUGCAGAGGGUGGCAGGAUCUUGAGGAGUUCACCCCCAGCGCAACCUAAAACCAUCUCCCCGGCCCGGACCGAGGUCUUCGCUGCCAUCCUUUUCACAGAGUUCCUGAAAGAACUGGCUGCCAUUGCACAAGAGCACUCCAUCUUAUCCUACAUUCCCAUGGAAGAGUAACGGCGUCUCGCUCGGGCUCAGCGACAUGUUCGUUCGUCAUCUUUUUUUCGAACUUUCUAAAAACUGAUUGUAGAUGGUUUCCUGUUUGUUCGGGUUUUAUUUUUCCAGCACUACUUGACGAAGGACAAAACCUCACAGGCUGAAUGAUCUACAGCUGUUUUGAAAUAACUUAGAAUGAGAUCACAUGUUUUCCUAACAAAGAUUGUCAAAGGGCCUUGGUGGAACAGGUACAUUUUAGCCUUUUCUUUUUUUUUUUACCCUUUUUAACUCAAAACUGUCUUUAUAGACUGUCUUUUAUAUAACCUGUUGUGCAACUGAGCAGGAGGUCUAAAUUUGCAACUUGGGACACGGAGACCCCAUUUACUGCUCUUGGUUUAAGUCCUGUACCGUGCAAUACAACAUGCUAGCUUCAAGUCAACCAGUCCAAAGAUUGAAUAGGAAUGGCGAUCACACAGAAAUCCCCGAUGUCUUUCCUUAAGAGCUUCGGUACAAUGUCCACCAUGGACAUCAGGACCCCAGCCUGGUUAUGAAUGUCCUCUGCAAACAGCUGUAAGUAUGAUGUCCAAAACUCAAGGGUGGUGUCGAACAAAACCUACUUAAGUGGCCUUUCUCGUGCGACGCCAUAGGGCUUCAUAUGUUAACCGAGCACCAAGUGGAGCCUAGGUUUCACACGGUCCUUCGAGAGCGGGAACCCAAAACCUCUCUGCAAAAAUACUGAUCUGACUGUACUUGUUUUGUGUUUGUUAGGUGGGAAUACUGGUUCCGGUGGUGGCGUCAUCACAUUAAUAUCCGUGGAGGCACGUGUCCAAUUUUAAGAAUUACUUUUUGUCUCCACAAACGGAUAAAACCGCCACGGUCUGUUACUCAAGAAAGACUGUUCCACUGCAAUCCUUGUAUUUUAAAUAUAGCGUAUUUGUCUGGACUUUCCUCUGAUGAUUCAGAACUGUACCUCAGGAGCUAUUGAGCACACACACGUUUCAAUCACGGUACUCCAGCGGCCUUGGGUGAAGCCAUAUCUCUGUAAGGCGCCAGCAAUACACGUCCACGUGUUCUUCACCUCUGACGAAUCGACGUGUCGGACUUGUGCGACGAAAACGCGGAGUGCUCCCGAUCUGUUUGUGUUGCCUUAACUUUAGCACCGCUUUAUAUUGUACAUUCAUGUAGGACGAAAUGUUCCAACGUAUUGGCACACUAUGCAAAUUAGGGAUAUCGCAGAUGUAUUUUCUUAUUGGGAGCGGGUAUUUAUGCUUUUCUGAGACUUUCUAUUGCCUUUUUUUUGUGUUAUUUUCAGAGAGGUGAUACUUGAGUUGUUUUUUUUUGGGGGGGGGGGCGUUGUUGCAGUUUUUCCUCACUGUUCUUUGAUUAGGAGAUAUUUGGGCUUUGCGUAUUGUUUAUAGUGGCUAUAAUGGAUUUAAAAUGUCACAACUGGUAGAGCGGUGAUUGUGCUUGCUUAAAAAACAACACACAAUCGGAUGUUAGCAGAUGACCUAGUGCAAAUUCCCUUUAUUAUAGUCCAAAUAUUGGACACGGGUUUUGCUUAUUACACAAGGUGGUACAGUUUUGCGAGCUAUAUUUUGUUACGAAGCAUGCAUGUUAACUUAACUUGCUAGGAGAGGUGUACUUGUCAUUGCUGCCUAAAUUUAGCAUUUGAUUCACAGGCUUGCCUAAUUCUUAGAAUGGGUUCGUUCACACAGGAAUGAAAUAGGUCAUGAAUUAUAUGAAACGAAUGAAAAUCAAUCAGAAAGCUGUUUUGAUAUUUAUAAUUUAUUUUGCACGGUGGGCUUUCAAGAGUAAGUCUAUUUAAAAAAAAAAGUCUCGCUUCUUGCCAGCAUCAACGCUCUUACAAUCUCUAUGAAGCCCAUAAUGUGCACUGUUACACUUUAUAAAGAUUAUGAUGUUUGUCUAUAAGGUGACCAGGAACCCCGGUUUCCGGGUCAAAUGGUGUGUACAACUUGUCCGAUGUAGUUUUUGCAAUUUCGUUUCAUUCAGUUACAAAAAAUAUCUUCUGCUUUCUCAGAUGCACCAGUCUAAUGAAUCGGUCGUGAAAACGUGCAUUUAAAUUAUUUUGUGGACAAAAGGGGGCGAGUACUUAACAAGGCAACUCUAUCUGCACGGCUCAGCGUUUUUGGUUUUUACCGGUUUUCACCGGAAAACACCCAGAUUUUUAAACUGAUUUUCACCCGGAUUUUAUGUUUCCAUAGAUCCAAAAAUUGUUCCUGUUCGUGUGAGGUUAUGUAACAGUGGCCUCUUGUGGCGAAAUUCGGCAUGCUGGAUGGCUUUGAAAAAUAAAAACCGAAAACGCUGAGCCUUGUCUAUCCGAUAGUCUUAUAGGUCGGGCUGUCUCUUUCACGACCUGAUCAAUGUGAACGUCUUGUAUCAUAAGACAAAAAAAAAAUCAAA